CCCGCGGCCAGCGACAUGAGGCUGGCCCGCGCUCUGCUCCCCCUGCUGCUGCAGGCCUGCUGGGCCACCGCCCAGGACGUCCCGGCCAACUCCAAGGCCAUUGCAUUCCAAGACUGCCCGGUGGACCUGUUUUUUGUCCUGGACACCUCGGAAAGCGUGGCCUUGAGGCUGAAGCCCUAUGGGGCCCUGGUGGACAGGGUGAAGGCCUUCACUAAGCGCUUCAUCGACAAUCUGAGAGACAGGUAUUACCGCUGUGACCGCAACCUGGUGUGGAACGCAGGCGCGCUGCACUACAGCGACGAGGUGGAGAUCAUCCGCGGGCUGACGCGCAUGCCCAGCGGCCGCGACGCGCUCAAGGGCAGCGUGGACGCAGUCAAGUACUUUGGCAAGGGCACCUACACCGACUGCGCCAUCAAGAAGGGGCUGGAGGAGCUGCUGGUCGGGGGCUCCCACCUGAAGGAGAACAAGUAUCUGAUCGUGGUGACAGAUGGGCACCCCCUGGAGGGUUAUAAGGAGCCUUGUGGCGGCCUGGAGGACGCCGUCAAUGAGGCCAAGCACCUGGGUGUCAAAGUCUUCUCAGUGGCCAUCACGCCCGACCACCUGGAGCCCCGGCUGAGCAUCAUUGCCACAGACCACACGUACAGGCGCAACUUCACGGCGGCCGACUGGGACCAGACGAGGGAUGCAGAGGAGGCUAUCAGACAGACCAUCGACACCAUCAUCGAGAUGAUCAAAGAUAAUGUGGAGCAAGUGUGCUGCUCCUUCGAGUGCCAGGCUGCCAGAGGACCUCCCGGGCUGAGAGGCGACCCCGGGUACGAGGGAGAGCGUGGGAAGCCAGGGCUCCCGGGAGAGAAAGGAGAUGCUGGAGACCCCGGAAGGCCCGGGGACCUCGGACCUGUCGGCUACCAGGGAAUGAAGGGAGAAAAAGGAAGCCGUGGAGAGAAGGGCUCCAGGGGACCCAAGGGCUACAAGGGCGAGAAGGGCAAGCGAGGCAUCGAUGGUGUGGACGGCAUGAAGGGGGAAGCCGGGUACCCAGGGCUGCCUGGCUGCAAGGGCUCACCCGGAUUUGAUGGCAUCCAAGGACCUCCUGGGCCCAAGGGAGAUCCUGGUGCAUUCGGACCGAAAGGAAGUAAGGGCGAGCCUGGUGCGGACGGGGAGCCCGGGAGGCCGGGGAGCACGGGGCCCCCUGGAGACGAGGGUGAGCCGGGAGAGCCAGGUCCCCCAGGAGAGAAAGGAGAAGCUGGGGAUGAGGGGGACCCGGGACCAGACGGACCCCCCGGGGAGAAGGGCAGCCCUGGAGAAGUGGGACCACAGGGGACGCCCGGCCUGCGGGGCCCCAGAGGAGACCCGGGCGAAGCUGGACCCCAAGGUGACCAGGGAAGAGAAGGCCCCGUUGGCGUCCCUGGGGACCCGGGUGAGGCUGGACCCGUCGGGCCUAAAGGAUACCGAGGUGACGAGGGUCCCCCAGGGCCCGAGGGUACCAGAGGUGCUCCAGGACCUGCAGGCCCCCCCGGAGACCCUGGAUUGUUGGGCAACAGGGGUGAUGAUGGCCCCCCCGGAAAUGGCACCGAGGGCUUCCCUGGCUUUCCUGGGUAUCCAGGCAACAGGGGCCCUCCCGGGAUUAAUGGCACUAAAGGCUACCCUGGCCUCAAGGGGGAUGAAGGCGAUGCCGGGGACCCAGGAGAGGAUAACAAUGAUAUUUCACCCCGAGGUGUCAAAGGAGCCAAGGGGUACCGGGGCCCCGAAGGUCCUCAGGGACCCCCAGGACAUACAGGACCACCAGGACCCGAUGAGUGUGAGAUUUUGGACAUCAUCAUGAAAAUGUGCUCUUGCUGUGAGUGCAAGUGUGGCCCCAUCGACAUCCUCUUCGUGCUGGACAGCUCCGAGAGCAUCGGCCUGCAGAACUUUGAGAUUGCCAAGGACUUCAUCAUCAAGGUGAUCGACCGUCUGAGCCGGGACGAGCUGGUCAAGUUUGAGCCAGGACAAUCACACGCGGGCGUGGUGCAGUACAGCCACAACCAGAUGCAGGAGCACGUGGACCUGAGCAGCCCCAACAUCAGGAACACGCAGGAGCUGAAGGAAGCCAUCAAGAAGCUGCAGUGGAUGGCGGGGGGCACAUUCACAGGUGAGGCCCUCCAGUACACCCGGGACCGGCUGCUGCCACCCUCCUCCAACAACCGCAUUGCCCUGGUCAUCACGGACGGACGCUCAGACACCCAGAGGGACACAACGCCCCUCAAUGUGCUCUGCAGCCCUGGCAUCCAGGUGGUCUCUGUGGGCAUCAUGGACCUGUUCGGCUCCUCCCCAAGCUCUGACCAGUUGAACGUCAUCUCCUGCCAAGGCCUGUCAUCCCAACCCCGGCCAAGCAUCUCUCUGGUCAAGAAUAACUAUGCGGAGCUGCUGGAAGACAGCUUCCUGAAGAACGUGACCGCCGAGAUCUGCAUAGAUAAGAAGUGUCCAGAUUACACCUGUCCAAUCACCUUCUCCUCCCCGGUCGACAUCACCAUCCUGUUGGACGGCUCGGCCAGCGUGGGCAGCCACAACUUUGAGACCACCAAGCGUUUCGCCAAGCGCCUGGCAGAGCGCUUCCUCACAGCGAGGCGCGAGGACCCCUCCCAGGAUGUGCGCGUGGCGGUGGUGCAGUACAGCGGCACGGGCCAGCAGAGGCCGGACCGGGCAGCGCUGCAGUUCCUCCAGAAUUACACGGUAGUGGCCAGCACCGUGGACAGCAUGAGCUUCCUCAAUGAUGCCACCGACGUCACCGACGCCCUGCGCUACAUCACCCAAUUCUACCGAGAGGCCUCCUUGGGUGCCACCAAGAAGCAGCUGCUGCUCUUCUCCGACGGCAACUCGCAGGGUGUCACAGCAGCCACCAUCGAGAAGGCUGUGCAGGAGGCCCAGCAGGUGGGCAUCGAGAUCUUCGUGGUGGUGGUGGGCCGCCAGGUGAACGAGCCCAACAUUCGCGUGCUGGUCACCGGCAAGACGGCCGAAUACGAUGCGGCCUUUGGUGAGAGGCACCUGUUCCGUGUGCCCAGCUACGAGGCCCUGCUUCGGGGAGUCUUCUACCAGACUGUCUCCAGGAAGGUGGCGCUGGGCUAGCACCCACCUUUGGGCACCGCCGUCGGCUCCCUUCCCAGAUCCUCCCCACCCCUCACCAC